AAUGGGCUACCGAGCCGGUGGCAAAGCUCCGCGGCGACGCCAUCAUCGGCCUUCUGCUUAGCGCUUGCUGCACCGCAAACCUUGCAGCCACAUCCCUUCAACACACCAAGCACUGGCCAUCAGAGAGACGGGUUACUCACCGACCAAGCCGCAAAGAGGAUAAAGGAAAAAAAAAUCCCCUCCUGGAUGAUAAGCGUAAGAAAGCUUACUUACUCCCUAUAG